GAGUGAGAAAUCCUUGAUCGAUUGAUCAUGUCUGAGUUUAUAUUCCAGUGCGUGGAAACGAACUCGUGGUUAUAGAAAAAUAAAAUUCAUAGCGUCAGUGUAGUGAAAAAUACAUCUUCUUGCGGAUAAUUAGAAGAGCGACAUUUUUCAGUUUCAGAAGUACUCGGAAUCUCCAAUCGAAAUGGCCAAUGACAACGCCAAACUCUCCAAAAACCUUUUGCGUAUGAAGUUCAUGCAAAGGGGCCUGGAUGCAGAUACAAAGAAGCAACUAGAAGAGGAGGAAAAGAGGAUCAUCAGCGAUGAACACUGGUAUCUGGACCUGCCAGAACUCAAAGCUAAAGAGAACUUCAUCAUAGAAGAAAGUAGUUUUGGGCCUUUUGAAGACCUGAAAUAUGGACGGAUGUCAUUCAAGGGGUUCAAUCCAGAAGUAGAGAAACUUAUGAUCGCGAUGAACACUGCAAAAGAGGAAGAAGAAGAGGAAGAGGAGGAAAUCAGCAGAAUGGAGACCGAUAUCACAGAUGAAGACAUGGCUAGACGAUAUGAAAGCCUAGUGGGAAGCAUGAAGAAGAGGUUUGCCAAGAAGCGUGAGAGGUCAGCAUUGGACAAGAAGGAAGCUGUUGAAACGAAACCAAAAAAGGCUUUUUUGAAACCUCAAGACUGAAUUUGUUCCGGACUGUCCAGUGAUGUUGUGGGAUGUGGGAAUUUCAAUUCCUUUUUUUUUUUUUUUUUUUUAUAUAUACUGUAGUGUUUUCAUUAACCUUUAGCAAGUUCUUCUCAUAAAUGUGACAUAACUAAGCAUAUAUUUUAAAGCUGACUGGAUGUUAUACAUCUUUUUUUUUUAAAGAUAUCUCUUCCGGUAGUGAGGGUUAUGGAAUCAGGAAAUGCAGUGUGUAUUUUCUUGUAAGAUGCCCAUAUCCUUGUACCAUGAACAAGGGUAUGGUAUCAUUAAAAACACAACCCAAG